AUGGCAUCCCAGAUAGCCGACAGCCACCGAGCCGGCGCCGAGGUCGUCAAGGGGCAUGAUAUCUGCAAGAAGCACGCGAUAGAGCUUCUGGAAGAGGUCGGCCUCCCGAGGGGCUUGCUUGCAUUGUCUGACAUCGAGGAGUUCGGAUACAAUCGCACGAGCAGGUUCAUGUGGAUUGUUCAGAAGAAGAAGAAUGAGCACACCUUCAAGAAGAUCAAGCAGACAGUCACCUACGCUACCGAGGUGACGGCUUUCGUGGAGACCGAGAAGAUGAUGAAGGUUACAGGAGUCAAGACUAAGAAACUAUUCUUGUGGUUCAGUCUGGUGGAAGUUUAUGUUGAUGAGUCUUCUGCUGGAAAGCUCACUUUCAGGACCGGUGCUGGCCUGUCCGAAACCUUUGAUGCAGAGGCCUUCGCACUCGACGACUAA